AUGAUUUCUUUCACAAUUUGGCUCCCAAAAACUUUAUUAAAAUCUCUAUCUGUUCUUCCUGGGAGAAAAAAGAAACAUGAAAUUUAAUUACCCUUUGUGCUUAAAUACCUGGAAAUUGGCCACCUUAUGCUAAUAAAAAUUGUUAGCCUGGAGGUAUGGUGGUCAACAUAGGCUUUUGUUUCAAGCAUUAUGAUUAUCAACAUUCAUCACAUUUCCAAAAGCAGCAUUGCUUUUCCCUAAUUUACUGUAUCACAAAUCCAAACCCACCAUCAUAUUAUUUUGUCUAAGCUUUUCAUCAACCCAAAGCAACCUCUCUGCUCUCUGCUCUGCUAUUUCCAUUUUAAAAACCCAGCAAAGCUACCCUUUUCCCUGUCAGAAACACCCAUCCCUCUCUCUCUCUCUCUGAACAAAACAAUGACUACCCACAGAAAAAUGGAUAGUGAAGACCAAGAAACCUUGUUUCACUCUUACCCAUGUGCUUACUACGUGCAGAGCCCAUCCACCAUUUCUCAUGCAAACAGUGCAGACCUCAAGACCCACAAUCUUGAAUCCACAUUUCACUCUCCAUCAAGAUCCGAUACCAAUAUUCUCCUCAAUAAAAACCCAGAGGUUUCAAGAUUCACUCUCUCCCGCUACUCCUCCUCUCGUGGCUCCAACAACUCUUUCUUGAAUGAGAAGAAGAUUAGUGGAGAUGAGAAUGGUGUCAACCGUUUGAUCAUUGUUGAUGGGCAUGGACUUGGUGAAGGUGGUUAUGGGGUGGAGGAGGUGGAGGAGGAUGAGGAUGAAGAGUAUUAUUAUGGGAGGAAAGGUGAGCUGUGGUGGAGGUAUUGUUCUUUUAGAAGGAGCUCUUCUUGUGCUUGGGUUUCUUUGCAAAUAAGUUGGAGAUUUUUGGCGAGUUUGGGAACUGCCUUGCUUGUUUUCUACAUUGCUACUAGGCCACCACCACCCAAGUUGUCAAUCAAGAUGGCAGGCAUCCAGCAAUUCGGACUGGGGGAGGGAGUAGAUGGGACAGGUGUUACAACUAAGAUCCUCACCUGUAAUUGUUCAAUGGAUCUUCUGAUAGAAAACAAGUCUAAACUCUUUGGCCUUCACAUUCAACCUCCUUUAAUGGAAAUGUUCUUCGGUCGCCUUCCUUUUGCAACGUCAAGAGGUCCAAAACUAUAUGCUGAUACCCACGGCUCAACAUUGUUCCAAUUGUCCGUGGGAACAAGGAACAAACCCAUGUAUGGAGCCGGAAGAAACAUGCAGGACAUGUUAGAGUCUGGAAAUGGAUUGCCAAUUCUGAUUCGAGUUAGCUUGAGCUCUCAUUUUCGAGUGCUUUCGAACCUUAUCGACCCAAAAUACCAUCACCAAGCAGAAUGCCUGUUAUUCUUGGAUAGCAAAUAUGAUAACAAACAUCGAACUCAAGCUUAUAACAGCACCUGCACAAUGUCUUAACCCUUCUAGCUUCUUGUGUAUUACAGAGAGAAUGAUUAGAACUCUUCUUUUUUAAUUUGUUUCAGCAUAUAUAUGUAUGAGAGAUCAAGAACAGUGAGGAUUAUACAUAAAUUGUAAGAAAGGUUCAAAGAAAUUAUGUGCUUAUAAGUAUAACAAGGGUGGUCUAUGUAAAAUUUUAGAUUAUAUUUAUAAUACGUUUAUUAUGACAAUUAAUUA